UCGGAUCUCUACAUAAAACGUACAGUGUUAUUACCUCAACCAAUAUUUUUACACUUACUAUUAUAAUUAUAUAAUAUCAAUAAUUAAAAUCAAAAUUUUUAUCUAUGACAAAGUAAAUUUAUAAUCUAUUUUCCGAAAUAAUUAACAACGACUAUUGAUGAUUUUUAUCGCUAUAUUUUUAGGAUUAUAAAGAGGGAGAAAAUAAAUUUAAAAACUUACAAACACGAAUAUAAGAAAAAAUGAAUAAUUGCAAAAAAAAAUUUUAAAUGAUAAAAAAAUCUUGUUGGUUAUGGUGAAGUGCAAGGAUUAUUUAAAAAUAAGUUUAAAUGUAUUAAAGUAUAAACACCAGUCAAAAUAAAAUUGUAGAUGCGAGAGUUCAUCACACUGAGGCGCGUGAGUGUGUGGCCGGAUCGAUCAAUCGAAUUUUUCAUACUGGGCUGAAUCAUUUGAUGAUAAUAUAAAAUAAUAUUUUACUUCUGCGAAAGUAUCAUGAUUGCAUAUUUAUUGAUCUUAGUGAUGAGUUUGAUAAAAAUAAAAGUUUAUCAAGCAUUGACUGGUUUCAUUAUAUACGAUUAAAUCAUUUAAAGAUUUUUAUUUGGAAAUGUCAAAUAAAAUUCUUUUUUAUUCAAUGAUGCCAAGUGAAAAUAUCCAAACUUUUACAAAGAAUACGUGGGUUUUUUUAAUACCCUUAAUUCCGAUAAGUAUUAAGAUCACGAACCGGAUAUCUUCUGAAAAAAUAAUUUGGUGAAAUAUCAGAUAAUUUCGAAUCAUAAUUAGAUAUAUAUUAUAACAACUAAUGGAAUUUAAACAAAAAAGUAAUGCCUGUAAAUGGCAUCAUAUUUAUAUAAAUGGAAAAGGAAUUAUGCAUUAAUUGACAAGUUUUACAUUUGAUCUGGCUUUAGUUGUUUAAAAACCGACUCCAACUACCAAAGUGACGACAGAGUGAGCAACCAAGCGCGUCUGUUCUCCAUUACUCACUAUAAAGUCGAAGUCCGCGCGUGCAUGACCAAUUCCUUAGUUCGAUCCGGUCAGUUCGGUUCUCUUAUCCACAACAAAAGGAUUGCGAAAAAUUACAACCGAGUAAAUGAUAAAGAAAGGGUGGAUAAUUACACUGAUCGUACUUUGUCCUUGCUACAUUCUAUUGCACCUGGCAAUUGAUUGCAAUCAAUAAGAAUUAUAUUGGCUACUUCUAUUUCUUGUAACAAUAUAUUGCUUUUGUUCAAAAAAGCAAUAAAUAAUUACGAUGAUGGUCUAGUGAAAAUUACAAAAAGAAGAAAAAAAAUAUCAGCCGGAUGAUUUAAUUAUUCGAUGAACUGACAUCAACAAUUGGAAUGUGCAAAAGCAUUGCUAAGAAUUUACCAAGAAAGUGACAGUGGAUCUGACUCUUCUUGGAUGGCAUUGAAGAAAAGACGUCAGACUUACAUCAUUGGACCUGUUGUUAGCUGGUAGCUGAUGUAGUGUUACUGAUUCACUUUCGACGGUUACCAUAACGGAUCUGAGGGAAUUAUUACAAUUCAAGUAAUAUAUAAUCUACCUCUUUGAUAAUUAAAUAAUCUAGUGUCAAAUAAAACAGUUUUAUUUUACAUGAUGUCAUUUAAAAUUUUUAAAUAUAUAAGUUUUAGUUGAAAUUUAUGUUGUGCCAGGCUGUGAUAAAGUAAAUUGAAUAUAAUUAUCGAAAUUAUUUCAAUUAUUAAUUAGUGAUAGUGACAAUUAAUCAAUAUUAAUUAAUAAAAUAAAUGAAAUAAAAAAUGUCAUCAAACGGUGAAUUUUCUACAAUAUCGAGUGCAGAAAUACCCUCUCUACCGAAAUCACUUCCUAGCUCCAGGGAAGCUACAGCUGAGGGUAAUUCAAGUUCUACUGGUGGUUUUGUGCCACUACGUGACUUUCUUGAUCGUUUUUCAUUGCCAAGAGUUGUUAGGCUUGAGGGCACUGGUGGUCGUCCGGUUUUACUUUAUAAACAACAGCAACGAUCACUUAGAGUCACUGCAACCCUUUUAAUGCAUAGAUAUCGUCACGAUGUCAAAGUUGGACCGGAAAUCGUUAUCCCUGAGGGUUAUCCGGGAUGGUUUUCCGUGGUUUCUGGUAAUAAUGCAAUGGGCAGUGCAAGAGUUUAUAGACGAAUUGAAAGUCUUGUACGAGCUGGAGUACCAGCCUUCCUCUUGGCGGCACCUCUUCGAGGCUAUACUCUCACACACUCUAAGAUGGAAGAUGGAAAUCUACGUGCUCAUUAUAUCAAGACAAUAAUACAAGCUGGCGAAGUACUUCGUUUAAUAGCAGUCUUUCAAGAUACCAGAAAAUACAGUUCAGUACCCUUUGGAAUAACCGGAGGUACAUCGGAAAAGGAUCAAUAUGCCCAGUGUUUAGAUUCGCAUGGCCGUGAAGUGUUUGUCGCUUUAUCAACACGAAGUGAAUUUUAUGCAAUAUGUCAGAGUAGUAAUGCAGAUAACGGAAAUGAUGCUGUUCUUUAUAGAGUACAUCAUUUAGCAAAACGUGCUCUUCCUCUUAGGGUUCGAUUAGUAGCCGGUCCACUACCAAUUCCACUACCAAGGGAAUAUGAAGGUCUAAUGCAAUUGGAAGCAUCAACGAGAGGUUCAAUUGUUCUCGGGUGCAUUGUACCAGAACGACCAGUUCCGAACCCUGAAAUGCUUGAACUAGUAGUUUCGGGUAAUGGAGCACCAAGAGUUAGAAGAGCACAACUUGGGUAUCCGUCAGAAGUAAAACUACUUACAUCGCCAAAGAUACAACGAUUAUUAUCAGCUUGCAGUCGAGCGGUUGGUGAUCGUGCUACAGAGCCACGAGUGACACCACAGAAACUUCAUGCAAGCAGUAUUAGUAAUAAUAGUCUUGGAGAAGGAUCAAAAGAAAUGCAUUUGAAGAAAAUAAAACCUAAACCAGCAACUAAACCAGUGCUUCAGAGUUUGCGUGAGGGUCUUGAACACUUGAAGAAGUCAACUAUCCGCGAGCCUUGUCAAACUCGUCAGAAUUCAUCAAAUAGCUUCUUAGAGAGAAUAACUAAAUUGUCGUAUGUCGGUGGGGGACGUAGCAGAAAUCCGGCUAAGAAAUCGGCGUCUUUUACAUUCGCCACAAAGCCAGAAGUUUUUGUCAAAGCAACGGAACGAUAUUCAAGUCUCGAACCGGAUAGUACGUCCCAGAAUCAUUCUAAUCUUUCUAAACAAUCAGUGCAAAGAUCUAUAUCUACUAGCUUUCUUGAAACACCGCCGGUAAAAAUUGAACUUCAACCAAAUUAUGCACGAGUAUGUGAUAGUUUGACGCCUUUGACAAUAACACCCCAAUCUAAAGUGAUAUGUACAAAAACCGAUGAUAUUUAUACGGAAAUUUGUGAAGCUAAUCCUAAUAAAAAAACUCAAGAGUGUCCUGGUAGUCAUGUUAUUGCUAGGAUUAGAAUUGUUGUUAAGAGUAAUGAUUCGUAUCGAGAAAAUGAAGGAGAAGAAAGAUAUGCUAACUCUUCAAUUGCAUCAUAACAGAUUAAUUCUAUUGUCGAUGCUGAAGAUUAAGCUCUUUAUAACAAUAUUUUUUGAUAGUUUCAUAUCUUAAAAGAAAUUUAUUAACUAUAUUAUUUUUUGUGAGUCCAAGUCAAAAUUAAAAAAGUAGUUUGAGCCUCAAAAACCUCAAUUCUUUUGAUGCUAGAUUUGCAGCUAAAUGUAAUAUACUAUUUUAAUUCUCAAUGCCCUAAAAGUAGCGUAUAAUGGAGUCAAUCACCCUUUGGAAAAAAGAGCCAGCAGAUUACUUUUCUGUAGUAUUUUUCGAAUUCUUCGGCAGUUUUCAUUUUCCAGUAUAUUACUCGUAUUUAUUGUUCACAUUAGGGUAGAAAUUUUUUUAAGUGCUUCCAUCUAUGAUCAAAAGUAGUGAAAUAUUUCGACAAGUCGCCCAAGCAUUUUCAAUUUUAAAAUAAUUCUAUUGGCUCACAGUUUAUUCUUUAUUAUUCAAUUAGAGUACACUAUAAUUUAUCGCAUAGAUUGAAAUUAAUUUUUUAAAAAAUAUUAUUAGAAUUAUUUUUUUUUUUGUAGUAAAAAACUAUAAGAUGUUCUUAGAACAACUUUGACGAAAAAAUAAUCUUAAUCAAUAUUUUUAUUAAUUAUUAAUUAUUUUUUACUACAAAAAGAUGAACAUCGUUAUGCAGUUUUAAUUAGUGCUGUACAAUUUGGCCAACUAAACCGGCCAUAAAGUUUAACCAGGUUAAUUAGUUUAUCAGCCAGCUAGCUAAUUUAAAUUAAUCGUUUGACCCGGGAAAAAAUGAUUUUGCCUAAUUAUAUAUAAUUAUAUAUCAUCACUUAUAUAUGAUCGGAUCCAAAAAUUGGCCAGAUCUGAUUACAUAUAAUCAUAUAUGAUUAUAUAUAAUCAUGCAUGAACGAAUAUAGUCAUUUUUAAAAGUUCAUUGAAAAUAUCUGAAAAUUAUUAAUUAAGUAAUUUA